AUGAAGCAGCCCCUGCUGUCUGUGGUGAUCGUCGUCAUCCUGGGAGUUUCCGUAAAAGGUCAAUUCCGUUCGCCGCGAAUAACCGAACAUCCGUCAGACAUAACAGUAGCAAAAAACGAGCCAGUCACCCUGAACUGCAAGGCAGAGGGUAAACCAGAGCCAACGAUAGAGUGGUAUAAGGAUGGUGAGCCGGUGCAAACAUCGCCGGGCGAUGCCAAGUCACAUCGUGUGCUACUGCCAACCGGAUCCCUCUUCUUCCUACGUGUGAUGCAUGGAAAAAAGGAGCAGGACGGCGGAGUUUAUUGGUGUGUUGCUAAGAACCAGGCGGGCAGUGUUAGCAGUAGAAAUGCCACCCUCACCGUAGCAGCGAUGGUUUAUCUCGUGUUUUCCGAGCACCACAGGCCACUCUCAGCCCAGACAAGAUCUUUGUCCAUGAAAGCACCGGAUAUUGGUGACGAUCCACUUCCGAAUCCUUGA